CACCUUCCUUCGCUGGGGAGGCCGACCCCCUCCCAGUUGGCGGCUCUUGGUGCCGCCCGGGAGAACCAGGUCAUCGGCCAGUUCCCGUGAAAACAAAAACAAUCGGCGGCGCCGCCGAGGGCACCCGAACGCGGCGGGCCGGGGCCAGGGACGCGGCGCCUGGCGGGCUUGGGUGGGCGAGCUGGUGAGAGGGAGCAGCGGCGAGAGGCCGGGGUGCCAUGGGGCGGGCGGGCACGGGCUGCGCGGGGCUCCCCCGGCGCCGUGGCUAGCGCGCCCGCCGCCUCAGCCGUCCUCGCCGCCCGCCUGGGGGACGAGGAGCAGGAAGCGGCCUCGGCGGGGCCCGGGCCGAACGGCUGCGGAUACCCGGGCGCCGGAGAGCCGAGCGCCGCCGCCUCCGGCAUGGAUCAGUGCGUGACGGUGGAGCGCGAGCUGGAGAAGGUGCUGCACAAGUUCUCGGGCUACGGGCAGCUGUGCGAGCGCGGCCUGGAGGAGCUCAUCGACUACACCGGAGGCCUCAAGCACGAGAUCCUGCAGAGCCACGGCCAAGAUGCUGAAUUAUCAGGGACACUUUCACUUGUUUUGACUCAGUGCUGUAAAAGAAUAAAGGAUACCGUUCAGAAAUUGGCCUCAGACCACAAAGACAUCCACAGCAGCGUGUCUCGGGUUGGAAAAGCCAUUGAUAAGAAUUUUGAUUCUGACAUUAGCAGUGUAGGAAUAGAUGGCUGUUGGCAGGCAGACAGCCAAAGGCUUCUCAAUGAGGUGAUGGUGGAACACUUCUUUCGACAAGGCAUGCUGGAUGUGGCCGAGGAGCUCUGCCAGGAAUCUGGUCUUUCUGUAGACCCAAGUCAAAAAGAACCAUUUGUGGAGUUAAAUCGAAUAUUAGAAGCAUUAAAAGUCAGAGUUCUGAGACCUGCUCUAGAGUGGGCAGUUUCCAACAGAGAAAUGCUCAUUGCCCAAAACAGCUCCUUGGAAUUUAAACUACACCGACUAUAUUUCAUUAGCUUGUUAAUGGGCGGAACCACAAAUCAGCGAGAAGCAUUGCAGUAUGCUAAGAAUUUUCAGCCAUUUGCCCUAAAUCAUCAAAAAGACAUUCAGGUAUUAAUGGGAAGCCUGGUGUACCUGAGGCAGGGAAUUGAGAACUCACCCUACGUUCACCUGCUUGACUCGAACCAGUGGGCAGACAUCUGUGACAUCUUCACGCGGGAUGCCUGCGCCCUCCUGGGGCUCUCGGUGGAAUCUCCUCUCAGUGUCAGUUUUUCAGCAGGUUGUGUGGCACUGCCAGCUUUAAUUAACAUCAAAGCUGUGAUUGAACAGAGGCAGUGCACUGGCGUGUGGAACCAGAAAGAUGAAUUACCUAUUGAAGUGGACCUUGGUAAAAAGUGCUGGUAUCACUCUAUAUUUGCCUGUCCCAUUCUUCGUCAGCAAACAACAGAUAACAAUCCUCCCAUGAAAUUGGUGUGUGGUCAUAUUAUAUCAAGAGAUGCCCUGAAUAAAAUGUUCAAUGGUAGCAAGUUAAAAUGUCCAUAUUGCCCAAUGGAACAAAGUCCGGGAGAUGCCAAGCAGAUAUUUUUCUGAAGAAAUGAAUUUGGUUUGCAAUUUUGAGCAGAAACAGGAAUUGACCUCCCUACCAUGUGUUGAAUAUUCCUUCUGCUUUUACUUUUCUCCUUUUCUUGAUAAUUGUAAGCUUGAGAGUGUUUGUGACAAAGCUUUCUUCCUUGGGGUGUGUAUGUGUGUGUGUGUGUGUGUGUGUGUGUGUGUGUGUGUGUGUGUAUGUGUGUGUAUACAUAUAUAUGAUAUAAUUAAAUGAAAAUUCUUCAGAGAAAGCUUGACAAGCUGAAUUGUGGUUUGAAAACUAAUUUUCAUUUGUUUUGUUUUUUGUUUUUGCUUAAGGAAGAAAGCUGUGAUAGAUUCCAAAUUUGCUUUUUGAUGUUUCCCUCUGCUCCAGCUCUCCCCUCGAAAUCCGCACACCUGCAUUUGAGCUCUGCUUAUAGCCCCAGUGGGCUGCCUGCUUAAACUCCCAUCCUGAAUCCAUUCAGCAGGCUGGUGUGACACGUCUUCCACUAGAAUUGAGUGGAAGAAGUAUUAUGGUUUUUCUUUUCUUUUAUUGCCAAGAGGUGCUUGUUUUUAAAGUGUGUUCAAUAAAUGAAAUACUGAAGUUAGAAGUGUUCUUAAGUUAAUAUAUAUGCUCUCUUGGUCUUGGUAGCCUCUUCUUUGAAAUCUGUCUUCAGGACUUGGCUAUGUGUUGCAUCUGCAUAUCACUACAGACACAGUGUUGUGCAUGUGUGUGUGGAUACUGUGCACCAGCAUCAAACAUUGUGCAUCUGGAAGGGAAGUAGCAUGUUCCAGUCCUACAAAAGCAGUUACAAGACCCACCACUUUUAAGUCCUUAAAGUUAGACACUAACAACUUUUCCAUAGUGCAGAAUAAGUUCACUUUUGUGUUUGUUUUGUGUACUGGUCAAUGACUUUGCUCUGCAGAAGUGUAUCAUCUCAUUGACUGUGAAUCUGUAUAUUCUUCAAGUGGCUACAGAUAACGAUCUUUUCUCUUGUGAGGUAUCUUCAUUUAGUGCACUGUCCAGAAAGAGCCAUGUGUAAGAAUCUUUUUCUGUAUGAGAAACUACAUGGAAAAGACUUCUGUGGACAUAAUUCUGACUUAAACUCACGAAGUUAUUUCAUCAUGAGAAGAUUGUUAUAUGGAAAUCACCAAAUACUUUCCAGCUUUUUGUUUUUUUAAUCUGACAUGGAACUGAACAUGAACAUAGGAAUGCUCUGAUGAAUGAAAAAAGCAAGGAGAAACAGGACUUUGACAUUUUAAACUACAAGUGGACUUAGAUCAAGGGAAGGGGGAAAAUGAUAGAUUUGGUGCUAAGCUCAUGGGAAAUCGGCAGCAUUCACUGUAGCACAGCAUCCUGGCUGGUUUAUCCUGAAAUAGUUGCCUGGGAGAGCUGGGAUUUGCAGAAACCCUGCAGGUCACCCCUGUGUUACUUUCUGGUUCCUGUUGAUGGUUCUGGUGUGCUGUGAAGUUAGCUAGGAAUCACAAUCAGCGCCACUUGGAGCACUUGUUUUGUCCAAACUCCUCUGGCCCCCAGUGAUGUCUGUCUGCUUCACUGUCGGGACUUGAUAAAGUCCCCCUCCCCUGAUGAAGCGAAGGAAGAUCCCAGACAAGUCGUUGGACUACAGGAGAAAAAUUAGAGCGCCAGGCAGUCCUCAGUCUAGGGCGAAAGCUUGAUUACUAUAUACAGUUUUUCCUUUGAAUUAAAUUAUUGACUGUCCGUUUUUUAAACCUUUUUCUCCAAAUUUAGCUUUAUACAUAGUUUAUUCUCUCCAUCUCAGACAUCUAUAUGACAUCAUUGAAGCUUCAUACAAGGUGUGAGCAAAAACAGACAAGCUGUAGAGCUGGUAGUCAAUUUUUUUUGCUAGCAAACCCUUUGCACAGUUGGCUAAAGCCACUUUUAAGGACAAAGGCUCUGCUUUAUCCCAAUCCUGGUGUUAGGAAUCUUAUCAACAGUUUCCCGUGCAGCUCAUGAAACUUUAAAGAUGAACGUGCUUUAUUUACCAAGCAUUUGACUUUACAACUUUUUUGGUCCUGUAGUCUCACUGGGCAGAGAAAGGGCCAAAAGACAUUGAAACUCUUGAUCUGACAAUGUAUAAUUAUGUCUGUGACCUUUAAGUGCAUGGACUUAAAAUCCAUAGGAGAGGAAAAUGUACAGGAGGGAUGGAUUUGAAGAGGCCAGACCUUAACCAAAGAUGCCGGAGUACAACAUUGUGUCCUUUCUACUCUAGAAAAUACCUUCACAGUGGUGUUAGGACCAUAUCUUCACUGAUGCUGCGUGCAUAUUGGCAUGUAGGGUAGUGCUGUUGGUUUCUUCCUGUCUCUCCUAGCAAGAGGCAAUGAUAGAGCCAAGUUAGACCAAUAAUGCAUAUUGGAAACUUUCAGAAUGGUAUCUUAAGCUUCUUUAAGAGCCAUUUCCAUUACCAGUUGUGAACAAAGGCCGUGAGAUUAUACUAAAACAGUAAAUCUCUUAUUAGCAAAUCUCUAGAUCUCAACUUAGCCAGCGCAUCUGUUUUUUCUAGAGUAUACUCUUCAUAGUGGCUAAGGUUGCCUUUUGAUCUUUUUAUUUCCUCCUUUGCAUUGUCAUUGCAAAUGAAUUUCUGUUUUAUUGAUGAUUAUAUGAGACUUCUAGUACAUAAAUGAACGGGUAUUGGUGCCUCUUUAUUUUAAAGAAUUUGAAGAGCCACCUCAUUCUUAGGAUGUGUGUUUUGUGAGUGUGUGAGCAUUUAAUUGACAAUAAAGUUAUGAAGUACAUCUUUGUUUCAAUUUUCCUAUAGCAGCUAAAGUACACAGAGACACUAAACCCACGCCUGUCACGUGGGGAUGAGGAUCCUUUGCUUCUUGUUUUUCUCCAGGUGGCCCCACAGGUUAUGCAGUUCCGAUUCAGUAUUCUCCAAUUUCUAAGUGACUUCCACCUCAAUGGAGUCAGCCUUUGGGAAAAGCUAAGAACUCUUGGUUUAUCUGCACAAGACGAGCUGCUGGUAGACUAACAUUCGCCCUCUGGCUUUCCAGCACAACCUCCGAUAACGUAGACUGACAGCCAUGCCGAUCGGUCUGUUUAGUCACCAGACUCAGGUUUCUUCAGGGAAGGUAUGGAGGCAUGGUUUGGUUCGUUUUAUCACUCAGAUGUAGAAAGUGAAGACACAAACCAAAUACCUUUCAUCACUUAACUCUAUGUACAUGAUCUGUGGUAACACUAGAGUGCACAGAAGAAAUACAUAGUAAGGAACUUAAAAGGCUAGGUAUUUCCUAAGCCUGUGGCAGGUUUUAUGUGGUUCAGCAGUGUUUACCAUAAACAGGUACAGGCUUCAUGGACUUUUCGUGUUAAACUAUAAUUGAAUAGAUACCAAAAAUAGAACGCCAUAUAUUUUAAUAGCAGACAAGGCAGUUCGUUUUAGGGUGAAUUUCCCAUAGUUGAUUUUACAUAACAAGAGAAACAAAAGUUUUGUUUUUUUUAAGAGUACAGUUUUAAGCUGUAGUGGGCACAUGCUUCAUUUCUUUCCAGUGAGGCGAAAGCAGCUGGAGCUGGCUUACGGCGCAUGCUUUGUGUCUUGGUGUGGAUGGGGCUGUACAUGUUUUUGCCAUCACUUAACCUCCUCCAGCCAGGCAGAUGUGGGGUUUAUUAGGAUUUAGUGCCUGAUCUUUUCUUUUGGGAGAGGGUGAGAGUGAAUGUAUAAGGGAAGGAGGAAGCAGGCAAAGGAAAUGGACGUGUGUGUGAGUAUGCAUGUGUUUAGGAGUCCACCCUCCCCCCCACCUGUGCCUCGCAGAGACAGGUGAUCGAUGCGUUCCUUCAUGACUGCAGUAUGCAUGUCUUUUCUUUUCUCCGUGUUUUCUAGACCUACACUAAAAGGAUUCAUCAAAUCAUCUUGUUCAGAUGGCUCAGGAUUGUAUGUCUUUUGCUUAUUACCCUGUGCUCUUGGGUCCUAUAGUAUUUCUAUAAUUAUGUAACAAGAAUAGUGUUGCACUGUAUUCUAUCGUAUAGAGCUAUAUGUAUGGAAAAUUUUGAUCAGUUUUUUUUUAAGAGAUGUAUCCUGUUUGCAAAGGCACAAUAAAGUUGCAUCUUCUAGACUAUAGGCAAUAAAGUUAACAAUAAACCUUAUUUAACACAAAC